AUGUCUUCUAAUAUCUCGGAACCUGAAGUAGAAGCCGCUCUUUGUCUUUCAAAUGAACGAGACGAGCAAGACGAAAAUGAUCUAUUCUUGUUUCAACAAAGAAGACUUCAAGAAUGGCGUCAAGUGAUCCGCUUAGAUUUAUCAAGUUUGCAUGACGAGAGUCAAGAAGAGAUCGAAAUGGAAGAAUUUUUAAAUGAAGAAGAACCUCGAGUUGAAGAAGAAGUGAUUCCACAUGGAGAUGUGGCCCCGGUCAGAGAAGAAAACCCAGCUGAACAAGAACAUUGGAUUGAGGAUAUGUUUCGAGACAUUCGAAAUUUUAUUCAAGACAUUCCCUAUUGGAAAUUGUUUCUCAUCGUAGCUCUGCUGUUUGCUAUUGGGUAAGUCAUUGCUUUCUGCUUGUUUGCAGUAUCGCUUUCUUGGUGCCACAAGAGACUUUUGUGAAAAAUGGUUUUAUUGCAAAAAAAUUAGAAUAGGAUUAUAUUCUUGUUCAAAUGUUUGUUUUCAAAUAUCAGAUAGUUUCCUUCUUUUCAUGAUAGAUUUUUCAACUCGAACACCGUCCAAAUAAAAAAGGAUAUAUAUAUAAAAAAGGAAAGUAUUUCUCGGAACCGGAUAAAUUUUUUUACAAGUCCCCCUAUUCUAAAAAAAAGUUUUAAAAAAUCUCUUCUUCUUUGAAAAAAACCUUUUUAUGAGCCAAAACAUACCGUAGUUUCCUUUCUCCUUUUGCGCUUUGCUCUUUCUCUUUUCUCCCUCUCCUAAAAAUUGUACUUUUAAUUUUCGUAUAGAUUUAUGCGAGCUGACAAAUAAGGGUGUUGUUUUGGAAUUGUGGCUCCGCCCAUCUAAUUGCUCUAAAACUAAUUAUUUCAAUAUAAUUUUCUUUAUUUACACUUCCAACUUCGAAUAAUAUGGUAACUCUCCGUAUUUUUUGAUUUUUCAAUUUUCUAAGAGCUUGAAAAUUUUAUCCGUAUUUUUUUUUAAUUUUUCAAAACUAUACUAUAUUUUUAAUUGAUAAAGUUAGUUUUAAAUAUUAUUUUUUGAAUAUAUGCAAUCACGUGAUAUUCAGGAAUGACAAUGAUUUUUUUGGAUUCUAGAAAAAACAUUUUUCAAUAUUAAUUUAUUAUUCUUAUGUACUGCUAUAAAAAAUUGGGAUUUGUAUUUUUACUCUUUGCCUACUUCUUGGGUGUUAAAUCUCGUGAAUCAAUAAUAGAUUUCUAUUUUCAGAAUCAUGGGUUUGUGUUCCUCGGUUAAUAAAAACAGUCAAGAACCUACUGAUGUUCCAAUCCCCAAGCCUCAAGCUCCAGUACAAGCUCCAGCAACGGUUCCAGUUCAACCAAUAAAUUCAUCACCACCAGCACAACUAACAGGAAGUUACAACAAGUUCGCUGGCCGAGAAUUGAAUGACAUCGAGGUCACACAAAUUGAAAGAAUAAUGAAUCCAACCAAAUUUCAAGAUGGAAAAAUGAGAACUGAGGAAGAGCAUAAAUUGGCCAAGGAGAAAUUCAACAAACAAGUUGCGGAUCGUAUGAAAUUGGAUGAGGAGAAAAGAAAAAUCAAGUAUGCCAAGGAUAAUACACCAAUCGUUUUGGUGGAUUUGCCAUCGAUUGAAGGACCACCAACUGAUGAUCGAGACAAGGAAAGUGAGUGGUGGUAAAUUAAAGAGGUUUUUGGUGGAACUUGGUGAAAAAUGAAGUUUUAGGUUUCAGGCACUUGAAAUUUCGUAUCUUAAGGUUUAUAUGUUCUUCAAUGAAACACAACUUUUUGAGAUUGAAGAGCUUUUCUUGUGAAUUUUACAUUUUUCGAAAUUCUCUAGAAAUUGUUUUCUUAGAUUCAAAAAAAUAAUUCAGGCCAAAUAUGUACAUUACACACAGAAGCGUCACACAGUUUACCACCCUCGUACUAUCUUACUAUUGUGUGCUUUCUAUCCAAGUUUUGGAUCAACCUUUGGCCACUAAUUCAUGUCAAUAAAAAGAGAAGGACGGAUUUUAAAAUUUCAGAGCUUGUGUAUUCUUAUCUUCAUAGGGAGAUAAUAAUAGUUGAACUUCAAAAAUUAGCCGCGGUCCUUUUUGAAUGUAAAUUUAAGCCUGCCUAAAACUAUUUUCUUACCAAGUUUCAUCAAACGUUUUCUCAUUUUUUCAUAUUUUUUGUACCCCAUACUUUUAUCCAGAUUUCUUCUUUUUCAAAUUUCACACGUCCCCUCCUAAUCCCAAAUGAAUUUCACAUGUUCCCAGUUUUCCAACAGAACUCUCUCCCCCAAUGUUUUUUUUCUGUAAAAUUAUUUAUUCCAAAAUAAACAAUUACAUCAUUAUGAGUAUUUGAACUUUGAUCCAUAUUUUCGAAAAAAAUUAAUAUAUUUUUUUUCUGACACUUAUCGUAUUCUUGCUAAUUGGCUCAUUUUUUCAUUUUCCAUAAAGUAACAUAUUAUUUUUGUUGGACAUUAUUCUAGUUUUGCUCCGCUUUUCAGAAGAAUUGUUCUUGUUAUUGUUUUUCAGAACGACUUUCGCCAAUUAGUUUGUUAUUGGAAUGUGAGAUGAAUAAUUGGAUAAAACUACAUAGAUAUUCGAAUUUACAUUGUUGAGCCUACUUUCUAUGAACUUGUCUUUCUUGUAUCCUGAAACAUUCGGUGAAAAUCUGGAAAUUCAAAACUUGUACUUUGAGUCAUUCAGAUGAUUCUCUCGUUAUGAAUCAAAACAAACAAGUUUUUCUCGUUUCCAUAGAGUCGAAUAGUAAUCCCGCCCGCUUCUUCAUUUUUUGAGAUCAGUUUCUGAUUUUUUCGAACUAUGAAACAAUGAGCUCUAAUUCUAAGUUUGAAUGUUUUUUAAAUUGUUUCUUGAUCAAGAAGUUGAAACUUCUUUCUGCCUAAUUUUGAGGCUUUAUUUUUUUUUUUGGAAAAUGUUAUUUUUUAAGCAUGUUUUUUUCAUUCCAUUGUUUAUUUUGAGCCACACUUUCAAUUACCUUUUGAAAAUUCUCAUCUUUGGAAAUAAUAGAAUUCCCGAAGAAUAAUAUUUAACACCCGAAUUCUUCUUUUUUUCAAUGAGCACGAGAAAAACGGCCUUUUGAAUUUUUUUUGGUACCGUGCUUCCAAGAACCGCAAGUUGGGCUGGCGUCCCUUCAGGACACCUGAUAAGCGAAUUUUUCUCCUGAGAGCAUAAUGAGUUCAAAUUUCUCCGAAAAAAUACAGAAUUUUCAAAUUUCCAAUUCCACUCAAGCCAAUAAACAUUUUGCACUUUUCAAAAACUGUAAUGCACUUUUCAGCAUUUUACAAAUUUCUCUCAUCUUUUGCUCUAUCUCUCUUAUCAAAUUUCAGAAAAAGUUCAACUUGAACACUUUUCUCUCCGCCUUGGGUUUCCAUAGAAUUUGAUGACUUUUCAUUUUCUCGAAACUCUUUUUUCUUUUCUCAAUUUUUAUUAUCAGAAUACAUUUUUCAGAUAAACUAAACUAAGCUAAACAAAACUUUUCGAAAUGAACACGAUCAGAAAAUUUGUGGGAAAUCCAUUCAGCUGUUGUUCUUCCAAGUGAGUUUUACUGUAACAUCGUAACAAACAUACAUGAUUUAUCUUUCAGCAACAACACCGUCGGACCCAUUCCAGAUUCAGCGAGACCAAGAGAUUCACCAUUGCCAGCUGUUCAGUAUCUAAGUGCAUCAACACCAGCAACUCAGCAGGAGGAAGUUAUUAUAAAUGCGGCUUCAACAACUUCAACAAGAUCAGAAGCAGUAUUGGACUCAGAUUCUGUACCGCAAAAUGUUACCCAACUUGAAGGAGAUGCUAUUCCCAAAACUUCGACACCAGCGGUUUUCAAAGCCGUCAAAGACAUGACUGCUGAAGAAAGAAUGAAGGAAUCGGCUUCUUUCAUUUUCCCAACUCUUUAUAAAAAAGGAGAACCAAUGACUGAAGAAGAAAUCGCAGCCGAAGCGGAGGAGUUUAGACUUGCUACUCUUGAAGCGAACAAUCUCCCAAGAAGAGUUAUAAUGGUGCAACCGGCAGCAGAAUAA